GGCCACGCUCUCGUGCUCACUAUUCUUUUUGGACUGCUGGGUUUCUGGUGCUGUCGACACAAGCACGAGGCAGAGCUAACGCCCUUCGAGUAUCCAUGUAACUACUACGAACCGACUUCGGACCCCCAGCCAUUGGUCUCUCUCCUUUUCGUACCAGAAACCUGGACAGCUGUAACUCCUCUGGUGCCUCUGCACCGAUAGCACUGUGAGAAAACGAGGACCUCACUGCUAUGCGCUUUCCGUUCGAGAAGAUCACGACGACAAGGCUCAUCAGCUACGGAGGACAUGGCCAAGUGUCUUUAGGCACCUACUGUGACGAACAAGUGACCAUCAAGCGGCUUCUCCCUGAGAAGAGAAAGAAACUCCAUGAAGUGAGCUCCUUCCUCGCGGAGAUCAAGAUGAUGGCGAGUGUCGAGCAUCCGCACAUCGUUCACUUCAUCGGUGUGGCUUGGGACUCCCUCACGGAUCUGUGUGCCGUCUCAGAUUUCAUGGAUGGCGGCGACUUGCACUCGUUGCUCAAACAUUAUGAGACCGAAAAGCGACCGCACGGAUUCAACUUGGACAAAACCCGAAUUGCUCUCCAAGUGGCCUAUGCACUGGCUUAUCUCCACUCGCUUGACCCGACCGUGCUCCACCGAGACCUCAAACAAUGGAGUGUCGAUACAAUGACUGCCGGUGUGUGUACUGCUCUGUGGAUGGCACCCGAGGUCAUGAUAGGUGAACAUUACGACGCUAUUAAUAGUGUCGACAUCUUUUCGCUCGGCAUGGUUCUAUCCGAGCUCGACUCGCCGCCGUACCGCGAGAUGUGUUGGUCUCCUCAGGUCAACUACGCAUCGAUAUUCUCUCGUAACGUUCCAUUGGAACUUGUACAUUUAGGUCACUCGUGCGUGGAUUUGGACCCGACAGCAAGGCGAAGUGCUAGCGAGGUGCUCUACCGCCUACUGAUCAUACUACGGAUGUACGAGGCCUACACGAGUUAA